CAUGCGCGGCUACCGGAGCUACUGAUCCACGGAAAGAGCCAAAGAUGUCUGCUCAGUCAUGUGAUCAGCUGUGUCCAAUCACAGCUGAUCACAUGGGACAUGUACACUGAUCAUCACAGCACUGAUGAUCAGUGUGCCCUGAUGAUCAGUGUAGCCCCAGAAGUGCCACCUGUCAGUGUCCAUCAAUGCCAGCUGUCAGUGCUCAUCAGUGCCACCUGCCAGUGCCACAUCAAUGCCACAUAUCAGUGCCUACCAGUGCACAUCAAUGCCACAUAUCCGUGCCCAUCUGAGCUGCCUUUCAGGGUCACCCAUCAG